AUUUACUUGAAGAUCACACCAACAAGUCCAGAUGCUAACGCGAUCUACUUUCCAUGUGCUUUCCAUGUGCUUCAGAAACACAUUGGAGGGCGUGGCUCACCAGCUCAGUGGCGUUCACCAUGGACGUCAUGCGCCCUUUCUCGCUGACGUCUCAUCAUUGAUAUGUGGCGCGAUUGAAUUAUGCUUGCGGUCACCUCAAGGCUUGUAGCCAUCCCCGGGGCAGUCUCGUGAUAUAAACCUAGACGACCUACAGGCCCAGGUGCACCCCUCACCAACCCCCCUCAACUUUCCUAGCCCUCGAUCUCUUUCCCACGUCUUCCCUAUUGUAUCACUCAACAACAUGAGCGUCGAUUGUGGAGUAGCCGCAGCUGGGUGCUUGACGGAACUUUUCAUGGCGAUGAGGCCUUCUCGCCUCAGCAAGACCAAGCGCGAUCCGGAAACGGCCCUGGAAGCAAGAGCAAAAGGCGGUGCGUCUGCCAAGCAGAUAUCCCUGGUCGCACCUCGGCGAAUGGCGAUCAGGGCCACAUGGCACCGUCAACAGUGGAUGACGCCAAGGGAGGCCCCCGGCUACUACACCAAAGGUCAGUCCGUCCCGGCGCCUUGAUUUGCACUAAAAAUUUGGGCGCUUGCCACCUUGAUUUGCACUAUUCCGGACCGAGGUCACCAAAUUAGGAAAGUUUUGAUGUACCGCUAUUUCACAUAUCUAAGCGUUUCUGAGCGUCCCUGGCGCCUUGCUGGCGCCGAUAGCACUACUUAGACCUCUUUACAACACGCACGGAGACUUUCGAAGACUUUUUGGACGUCUUGGACGCUCUCGCGUUAGUCUUGGCCGUUGUAGCCUUGGAUUGGGGUACUGUACAUAGAUGUAGCGUAGAUUGGCAACAAAAUCACAGAUGCUGCUUCAGUGCAGAAAGCCAGGAUAAUUGGCUAAAAUCUGGGCUCUGGGAGACAUAUAAUCUCAACAAGAUUCGCCGGCUUUGCCGGCGAUUUGCACUAUAUACGCCUGGGGUCGGGGCCUCCGGCCCCGAUUUGCACUAUAUCUCCGCCUGAGAUUUGCCCGUUUUCGGGCCUUGAUUUGCACUAUUCCGGACUGAUUUUAUAGGGAGUAGCCGGGGGCCUGCCAA